UGACUACCUUUCGUAUAUAUACCUCUGAUUCAGCGAUUAAUAUUUGUACAUGAGGGUGAACGAAAACAAAAUCAAUGUUCAGUGUAUAAAACUUGGCAAAAUACCUCUCAGCCAACGUUUUACUGGUCAGACAAAUCUGGCUUAAUCGAGUUUGGGAGUUAGAGCGGCCAGUCAGGAAGCAAGUACGCAGUAGAUACAAUAGACUUGACUCUGAACUUUGCUAGACCCUAGCCGGUAUUGUGCAGUUUCUCAGCAACUAUGAAGCUCACAAGUGUCUUGAUUUCAUUUUUCGUGCUGGCGUCACAGGUAGAUGUUGUGAUUUUGCAAGACUUUUCAGACAGUGAAGAUAGCCAAACACAGCUUCCACCCCUGCCACCGCAAACCACUCAAAUGCCCUUAGAAGAUGGACCUCCUGACAUCACAAUGCCACUUCCUUCAGAAACUGUGGGUCCAAGUACGACAGCAGCAGAACCGGCAGCAGAGAGCGGAGUCGAACCACAAAGUGAAACCGGAGAAAAUCCCGCAGCGGCACCUGUGGAAGGGGGAAUCGAUUCCGACGAUAGGAAAGAUGAUAGCUUGGUAGACUACGCUGCGAGGAAGAUUGGAGAGAUGUUUGGUAGCGGCUCCGAAACAGAUUCUCAGAGCAGCCAAAAUGAUACGACCCCAAAUCUGACUGAAGAGCAAAUUAUUGAAAAAGAAAUGGAAGAAUGUAGUCUGCCCGACACCCUGGACCGCUACAAUUGUACAACGAUCCCUAAAGCUGUGUACGAUUACUUCGGUGGCAAUGUGUCUGUGCAAGGCUUGCUGAAUGGGCUCUACAGCGACUCCGUCAAUGGAGAUCUGCGGAACUGCACGUCUGGAGAGUGGUGUUUACCGUUUGAAGAACAUCUGAAAAUCAAACAGAGCCUGCCAGAAUUCUUCAUGAAAGGACCUUUUUGCUCUGAUGCUAUGACGUGUUCACUGGAGAAAAUGCUAGAAAAAAGAGAAAGAUGUGAAGAGAAGCCUCUGAUGUACCUGAUAAACUCAGUGGCCUUGUUGUGCGACAUGAGACGAAGCUACGAAAUAGAUUCUCCGGAGCCACAACUGUGCCAGGAUUACGAUGAGUGUUACGCCAGGACAAUGGAAGCUUUGUACGUGCUGUACGAAGAUAUCCAGGUGCCCAACGAGCAGCAUCUAGCUGACUUGGAAAGGGACGAUUGCAACGAUUUCAAAGUUCACAUAGCCAAGACUUACCUUUGCGCAAGCGAAUGCUGUCAGUUUUCUCAAAGAGAAAUACUUACACG